GCUAGGUACCAACAGUCCACCUCCAGCUCCUGUCCGUUCACUUGCGUUGACAAGGCAAGCAGAGAGCCAUGAGCUCUUGUGGUCCAGUCCUCCGUGGACACCCUGGCCUCAGGAAAGCCCUUCAGAGUGGCCUUUCACGUGUGUGGAGGCGCUGGGUCAGCCGUGGGUCCAGAACACUCAGGCGAUUUUUCUCAAGGACACCGGAGGUGAGACAGGACAGAACCUCGCAGGGAUGUGACAGACGUUCCUCCCUGGAUGUGUCCAGUCUGGUGGACAGCUUCACCUCACUAAUGUGCCAGGAGUUGGAGAAGGACCUCGUGAACGUCCUGCAGAGGCAGCACCCCUCCUGGGUGGAAGAAUUGUUGUGCAGACGCCCAAAGGUGACCAGCAUCCAGAAAGUGCUAGAGCUCCUCAGUCAAAGGUAUGAGGAGCAACAGCUAUGCAUGGAGGAAGUCUUCCUUCCGGGACAGAACUCCAUCUGCUCCGCUGUCCAAAUGUGGCUCUACUUGUACCCAGAAGAUUUUGUGGGGUCCAUGGACAGCCUGAGGAGUCUCAGGACCUUCUUGCUCCACACCAUGCCGGAGUCAGGGCUGACAGUCCAGGUGGAGAGGCUCCUGACAGGGCUGGAGAACACAGAUCCCACUGCCUCUCCAGGAAAAACCCUCAAUUAAACACAGCACAACACCAGAGGCACCAGGUCACCCAUCUCUCAGGCCAGCACCCACUCCACAUGUCCUGGAGAGUGGACACUGCCCUAGAGCUCAUGUCUCCUCUGGCCCCUCUACCUCUGUGAGCUCCUGAGGGUUACUCAGUCCCAGGUCCCCACCACGCCUCUCCUCUUCCUCUCCUCUGGAAUCUCCUGGAUUUCUAAAAUUUAUUC